GGCUCGAACGUGAGAUCUUGAUAGCGCUUCUGCAACAAUGAUAAAUGAAGGGUCUAAACUCAAGCAGAGAGUGAGAUCAAACACGGUUCUGUUUGGUCUGUAAACCAGAGCCAAAACACUACAGCACCAUGAGGGCAAAAUGGAGAAUUGGACAACGUUAAAAUGGGAAAAUGUUUGAAGCACCAAUCAAUAAAAUAAAAAAAGACAGGAGGAGCAAAAGGUGGAGCGAGUCUUACGUUUUGAAGCCACAACGCAAUCUAAGUGCUGUUCCUCUCUCUCUCUUUCUUUUAUUCAAAGAUCCAAACUUUGACAAACAAAGUGCACAAAACUCGGAUCUUUACGGUAAUAUUCGAACAGGGAAAGAGAAAAUAUGUCGUGUUCAUCCUCGUCUGGAUCAGAAGAAGACGAUGAGGGCUUCGAUUCGUACCGUAAAGGUGGAUAUCACGCCGUUAGAAUCGGAGACCAGUUUUCCGGUGGCCGUUACAUUGCUCAGAGAAAACUUGGUUGGGGCCAAUUCUCCACCGUUUGGCUUGCCUAUGAUACUCACACCUCUAAUUAUGUUGCUUUGAAGAUUCAGAAGAGCGCCCAACACUUUUCUCAAGCUGCACUUCACGAGAUCGAACUUCUUCAAGCUGCCGCUGAUGGAGAUCCUGCCAACACCAAAUGUGUUGUUCGUCUAAUCGAUGACUUCAAGCACGCAGGUCCCAACGGGCAGCAUUUAUGCAUGGUGCUCGAGUUUCUCGGCGAUAGCUUGCUCCGUUUGAUUAAAUACAAUCGGUAUAAAGCCAUGGAGUUGAAUAAAGUGCGGGAGAUAUGCAAAUGUAUACUGACCGGUCUGGAUUAUCUGCACCGUGAACUCGGUAUGAUCCACUCCGACUUAAAACCCGAAAACAUUCUUCUUUGUUCCACCAUUGACGCUGCCAAGGAUCCCAUCAGAUCUGGACUCACACCGAUACUAGAAAAACCCGAGGGAAACCAAAACGGUGCAGCAACCAUGAAUCUGAUUGAGAAGAAGUUGAAGAGGAGAGCAAGAAGAGCGGUUGCUAAAAUAUCGGGAAGAAGAGUUUCCAUAGUGGGUUUAAGUGAGACACCGACAAAGACCGUCAGAAGUUUAGAUGGGAUUGAUAUGAGAUGCAAAGUUGUGGACUUUGGGAACGCUUGUUGGGCUGAUAACAAGUUUGCGGAAGAGAUACAGACAAGACAGUACAGAGCUCCUGAGGUAAUACUUCAGUCAGGCUACUCUUUCUCUGUUGACAUGUGGUCUUUUGCUUGUACCGCUUUUGAGCUUGCCACAGGAGAUAUGCUUUUCGCUCCAAAAGAUGGAAAUGGUUAUGGAGAAGACGAGGACCACCUUGCUCUUAUGAUGGAACUCUUAGGAAAAAUACCUCGGAAGAUUGCCACUGGAGGUGCGAGAUCAAAGGAUUACUUUGACAGACAUGGGGACCUAAAGAGGAUCCGGAGGUUGAAAUAUUGGCCACUGGACCGUUUACUGACCGAUAAGUACAAGCUGCCUGAAGCAGAAGCACGCGAAUUUGCGGAAUUUCUUUGUCCGAUUCUUGCUUUUGAGCCAGAGAAACGACCUACUGCUCAACAAUGCCUGCAGCAUCCUUGGCUGAAUCUCAGGGCGCAGAACAAUGAAGAUCAGGUUGAAGGUUAGAUGAGUAACUUGCAGAUCAAAGGUUGAAGAACUUUAAAAUUUCAAUUAUGAUUUUUGGCUUACAAAUGA